CGACGACACAGGAAGCUGCAUCCUGGCUGGCCAAGGAGUGGGUCUGCGAAGGUAGAGAACGUUAACUAAAGGAAGGGAAGUUAGCGCAAAGAGACUGUCCGGAAACGAGGGCUCGCACAGCAAACGUAACCAGUUAGAUAAGUUACGCGCGAAGAACGAACAUUCGGUCCCCGCUGACAAAAUUACCGCCGUUAAGGCAGACGACACCGAUUACGUUGACGUCCCGACGACACUGAACGACAAGCUUACGAAAAACGAUGAUUCCGCGAAAUUGCGCGAGACCGGGGGCAUGAUCGAGCGCCUCAUGAAGACCACUACUGGAAAUCCUUCGAAGGAGGGCCCCGGCGACCAAGGAAUAGAGUAUUCGGAUUAUUACAGCGAAGACGACGUUCUCCAGGACAUAGUGGCGAAUAAAAUCCCAGUGAACGCGGCCGAAACGACGAACCCGGACAGAUUUAUACGGCAAACUCUAAACGCUACGUCCUAUCGAUGCAACAAUCAGAUCCAGCCCUGUUACCAGGCUGCUCGCAACAGAGAUUUCAGCCAGGCCGAUUAUCCCAUCAAUUCUUUCAAUGGUUUUCAGCAGUAUCCCACGGUCGAACGUCGCGCGACGUUGAGCCGGAACACUCGACAUCGCGGGACAGACGACUCUUCGCUGUAUUAUGAUCCGAGUUACAUGCCCCUGGACGAUCGAAUCGAGAACUCGCCGUACGCUUUUAGUACCAUGGUUCCAGAGUGGGUUCCAGGAACGUCUGGAUUGAACGAUAACUUCAUGGUCCCCGAACUUCGCAAUAAUUUCGACGCGGCCGAUCCGAAUUUAUCAAGCGAAGAGAUGCAACGAGCCGUGGCUGUACCGCCGAAUGCCGAUCAACUCGAUUUCCUGGGUCGCAAUAGCAAGCCUCUAGACGUGGUCGAUCCUCUAACCGUUUUGCAAAGUCCGAAUACCGUCGCGGAGGUUCCUCAAUCGUCUCACAAGCUCACUGCUUUCGAAUUGCAAAAUUUGAACAAUUAUCAUCGCGGGACUAGCCUGCAACGCUUGAACAACAUCGACCAGAAUGUAUAUAGUCAGCCUCAGUUGGGAGCGAUUCCCACUGUGGAUGAAGGUAUCGGACAUUUCGAGUCCAAAGAUUAUAAUUUCCUUCCGGUGCAAGAUUAUAAUAAUAAUCCACCUGCGGUGAACGUGCCGAACGCGAUGAAUCAGCCGCUGGGAAAGGUUCUACAGUCUCUAGGGAUUAACGUGCACGUAGACUCGCCUGCUUCGAAUAAAGAAAAUAGCAUCUCUCCAACUUAUCGAAACAAUGGGAUGGACGAUGCGAACGAUGCGUCGUUGUCCCAUUUCGAAACACACGAUCGACCAGUGGAUCAUGAUCCAACUAACUGCGACAAGGAUGACACUCGGCAAACGAAUGACAGAAACGGUAAUACUAACUUGCGAGGGAGCCAGCGUAGAAGACACUUGGCUAAGAAAGGAUCACAAAGUAGUAACUUGUUCUCGUUACUAGAGGGUGAGGGAAACUCGAACAGUUCCGACACGGUACACGAUACCAAAGAAAUCGCUAGUCAGGUACUCGACACGAUCAUGGAAGAGUUACAGGAGCUGAAGCUGGAUGGCUCGAAGAACGACAAGAAAGAAGGCUUACCUUGCCGUUUGUCAGGGUCCUGGUCAACGGCUCAGGCGGGCGUCAAAUUGAAUAUGAAGGUCGUGAAUCACAACAUAAUCGUGACGUUCUCGGACAUAGCGUCUCCGCGUUACCACGAAAGCUUGCUCAACGGAACAUGGAACGUCUCCGGCCACGCACCGCUCAAGCGUGGCUCACCCUUCACUCUGACUGCCACUGACAACACCACCAACUCCAUGGCAGUGUUCAUCGGUGCAUGCAAAGUGUGCCAAGGAAUCGACACGAUAGCAGGUGUCUGGUCGAUCGCGCGAUCUCCGAAGGACUGCAGGGACUUUCAAGUGGCCACCAGCGUGUUCAACGAUAUAUUCCGGAAAUCGAAACUCUCCAGUUUGAAAGAGACUAAGAACUCGAAGAAUGCAACGGCAGAGCAGAAAAAGAAACGAAGCUAGCUAGUUUUGUCAUCGAAAUCCGUAUGACGCGGAGGAAUUCUCUGAAAACAGACACUGCGUCACCUUACUCGGACGGUAGAACCGAUCGACAAAUAAUUGCUAUAAUAAUUGCUACGAUCAGUGUAACGCUUUUUAGUAACGCAUGCGCAGGUAUAAUUUAGACUAUUUUGUAUCGUGAUGUAAGUAGUUUCUAAUAAACUCCAACUUUUCAUUA